GUAUCGUAGCUUUCAUGUAACGUGAAAAUGCAUUCUUCCCAUAAGCACUUAUGAGAAGUGCUUUUUCAUUCUAAAAAAACACUUAUUUUCAAAAGCCAUUCUCUCUACUCUCCUUCAUCAUGAAACAAUGCUAACAAAUAAUCAAUCAAUUGAUUCACUCUCAAAGAAGGAGAAGGAAUUACCGGCGAAAUAUAUUAUGACGAGGUGACGAGAUUCCGGCAGGGGACGUUUCCGGCGGCACGUUCGGUUUGUGGAGGCGGGGAAAUCGAGAUUGAGAGGUGCAGCGGAGCUUUGAGGUAACCGUGGAGGUGCGCGGUGGAGUUCCAAGGUUGUUCUCGCGUUUCCGUCAACAAAUCUAGUGAGGCAAGUAUUCACGCGUUUUUGAAUUCCUUUCUUCUUUUCUGUUCAAUUCUUGGUUUCUUAAUCGUAGUUGUGUUAUCAUUGAUGAUUGUUGCUCAGUUCUUGCUAUCGAAAGCUUUCAAAGUGAAGAGUUUUUUAUCUUACACACAAGGUGUUUGAUGAAAAGUCUCAACCAAGCUCUUAGUCUUUUCAUGUAUUAGUAUAAAAUAAACUGCUUGGUUUACUUAAUUGGUUUGUUUAUUUGGUUGUAUGUUUUGAAUGACAUCAAUUUGUUCUCAGUAGCUGUUAUGAAAAUCUUAGGAUCAAAUUAGGGGCUUAUGUUUAUUUUGUUGACUUAAAUUUGUGUUGGUUUUAUAUUGAUUUUGCACUUAAAUUAUUUGAAUGAUUGUUGUCUAAUUUGAGAUUAUGGAAUGUGGUUUUAAACUGAAAACGGCAUCCGUUGAGUCAAAUGUUCACGGUGAUCUAGCAUUGACUCAAGGACUCUACUACUAAUAAUCAUCUCUAAUUAAUCGCUUAUUGCAUAAUCGAUUUGUUAUAUAAUGUUUGGGGGUGUUGUAAGUGUAACUAUCAAUUCUUUCUGUUGACUACCCAGUGGAUAAGGUCUCUUGUUAUGUCUCUGAUGAUGGUGCUGCUAUGUUGACAUUUGAGGCUCUUGCUGAGACAUCAGAAUUUGCUAGGAAAUGGGUUCCUUUCAGUACGAAAUAUGCAAUUGAACCGCGAGCACCUGAGUGGUACUUUUCAAAGAAAAUUGACUAUUUGAAAGAUAAGGUGCAACCAUCGUUUGUCAAAGAUCGUAGAGCAAUGAAGGUUGAAUUAACGGCUGCAGAAGUAGAGUCUCUUCGAUCAGAACUUGUUGAUUUAGAAGAGAAGGAGGCUCAGUUAAAAGCUCAUGUCAGGCAAAAAAAUCAGAAUGGCAGUGCUUCAAAUGGAGGAGCAUCAAAUGAAAAGAAGUCAAUUACCUCUAUUGAUGAUGUUUUGAUAGGAUUGGUAAAAUGGCUUUGUGAGCAGCUUCUUUAUGAAACAUGUCUCUGCAUAUGGCUCUUGUCAUACUAUGAGCCUGCAAUUGAAUAUUUGGCUACUUCAAGGACCCUUCCAAGACUUAUUGAUGUUGUUAAGAGUUCUACAAAAGAAAAGGUAUAGCUGACUUGUCCCAUUUAUGUUCGCCUCAUUUUUUCUUACAAAAAUGUUUUUCAGGUUUCUUUUUUCAUGGCAACAUCAUUAUUAGUUAUAAUUUUAUGAUGGCUGUUGGCUUAAAUCCAUGAACUUACGUGGUCUAAUGAAUUUGAAAACCUCAGUAUGAGUUAUUGAUUUUGCAAUCAUAUAAUUAGUUAUUGUCCUCAUAUAGAAGUUAAGGAUGACUUGGCCGAAGAACUAGUAAGUAAAUGUCCAGCUAAAGUCUUUGAUAUUGAAGAUAUUAGAAAAGGUAAUUUAGUUCUUUUGCUUGAUUUCCUAGUGUUAUGUUUUCAUAUCAUUCUGUUCUGAACCCUGAUGGUUAGAGAUUAUGCCCAGUGAUGUUGCAUUAAUGUUGUUCAUUUGUGUUCUCAAGCUCCUAUUUCUUUCUCUUUCUUUCAACUCCACCACCACUUUCUAUUCCAGCAUCACAAACUUCAAAAACAUGAGCUCAAUAAAAACCAUAUAGUGAUGUGAAACUGUGAGGCUCAAGCAAGGAUGAGGAUGAAGUAUCUUAAUAAAUUUGAGAUAAAAAUAAUCUGUGGAUUUUCCUGCGGAUUUAGCUGCGGAUAUUUCCUGCGGAUUUAGCUGCGGAUAUUUCCUGCGGAUUUUCCUGCCGAAAAUAUUACCCACGAAGGUUUUAGCUGGGGACGCAAAACCGCAGGAAAAUCCGCAGGUAACAUGUUUCCUGCGGAAAUUUAGCUAAAUUCCGCAGGUAAAUCCGCAGGAAAUUCGAGUAUUUCUAGUAGUGUCAAUGAAUUCAAGUGAUGGGGUAUCUCAGCAAGUGAUAUGAGUUUUAUUUGACCAUCUUCGUAUGAUUGAAAUCUACCAUCAUAUACUUCUAACUUUGUUAUUGCAAUUCACUCUUUUCAAAAGAAAAAAAAAGUUAGGCAAUUCACUAGCAGAUAGCAUAAAAGUAAAUUGAUUGUUUGAUCACGCUUUUGGGACGACAUCCUUAUUUAUAAAGUGACUGGAUUAUAAUACACUAAUUAAGUUGCUAUGUUUAUUAAGGUGAUUUUGAUGAUCAUU